GCUGUCACCCCAGGAGGGCGGGGUGCAGGGUCGGGGCCUUGCACGGUGACAUCCACAGCCCUGGCCCUUCAAGGCACUGUGGGCCGAGCUCAGAAAUUAAACAUUUCUUGCCCAUACGUAACUGGGGAGAUAAUAUUUCUCCCCUCUUACAUAAGUUUAGUCUUCUUACUACACAGAGCAAAUGAUUACCGCCUGAGUGAAUUAACCGUUGGAUUCUCAGACGGUGCAAAAUGAUGGGCCUCCGCCAGCUGGUUUCAAUAUUCGGAAUUAACUGCAAAGAUACAUGGAGACUGACUGUCAGAGGGCAGACGCCAGCCAUACAUUAACAUACUCCCAUUUCCAAAUCUGUUCUGUUUAGUAAUUAAGUAUUACUUUAACCUUUGAGAGUUAUCUUUUUAAAUAUGUUAAAUUAAGGAAUUGUUUAGCCCUAGGAAAACCCAUCAACUACCUUCCUUUAAACUUGUGAAAACGGUUGUGCAAUGGGCUUUUUAGGCAAUGCCAUUGCUAAUCAUAGAUUUCAAAUGUGUGGUUCCAUCACACUUCUUUUCAUCUUGGCAACAACAUUACGUAUUUUUCAGGAAUUUGGGUUUCAAUUUGAUUGGCCAUAUGUUGUUGUUUAUACAACUCCUGUGGCUCAAAGGAUGGAUUAUCGGGUUUAUAGACUGUACUACUGUGUGUCUACGCCUAAGGCGUACCAUUCAUGUUUCUAGGUUGCAGGUAAACUGUAUCAUUUUCCCAAUUUAUGCAGAUUUCCAGUGUUAUUACUAAGUUACAGCUAUGGCAUGCCACCACUUGUGUUAGAAAAUACUUUAAGCAUUUGCUUGGGGAAAGCACUGUACCACACCUAAGCAGCUAAGUCUCUUCAUGCCUAGUCGUUCACUAUGUAAUAUUCAUGGGGCAGUUCCUCCUCUGUCCGCUUAGAAAAGCUCUGGCAUUUGUCAUUUACCAUCCAACAGGCUGUUUUCUCCCACCUGUGCUGGAUCCAGGGCUUGGCCUUUGUGAUCCAGUCUUGAGCUGCCUCAUGAGGCUGCUGAGAACAUCACCUCGUCUUCCACAGAAGGGGCAGAAGCCAGCUUUGUGGAGUGCCCUUCACGUGUGCUGUCAAGUAUUUACGCACAAGGAAAUUGAGACUCUGGAGCAUUAACUUGCCCCCUCCGACCCUCCGGGGCACAGGCCGAGGCUCUAACCACGGAGCCCCACCUGCCAAGGCUUCCCUGUAAUCUCCUGUUUUCCCUUCUUCCAAAAAUAAAAUCAAUGUGCUAAGACACCAAGUUAAUUACAAUUUCACUGGACUUAAGUUCCAGAUCUCAGCAGGAUGUGGUAAAGCACCAGCUUGUUUACAUGUGAUCUCUCCAGGGCUGGGCAUGUUUUAUUAGCUGUUUUAGAUAUAACGCACUUUUUGGGUUUUAUUUAAAAUAUCCUUUUGAUUUUAGCCUACAAUUGCUUUUUGCUCUUUAAAAUGUGUCGUGUCCCUGUUAACAUGGUUGAUGGUGUGUGUUUUUCUUUCUAGUUAUGAAAAACCUCCUCCCGGGCUGAUCAAGGAGGAUGAGACGAAGCCGGAGGACUGUAUCCCCGAUGUACCCGGCAACGAACACGCCAGGGAAUUCCUGGCCCACGCGCCAACGAAAGGACUCUGGAUGCCCCUGGGGAAGGAGGUCAAAGUCAUGCAGUGUUGGCGCUGUAAACGGUACGGUCACCGAACGGGCGACAAAGAAUGCCCUUUCUUUAUCAAAGGCAACCAAAAGUUGGAGCAGUUCAGAGUAGCCCACGAAGACCCCAUGUACGACAUCAUCCGCGACACCAGGAGGCACGAGAAGGACCUGAGGAUCCAGCAGCUGAAGCGGCUCCUGGAGGCCUCCACCUCGACCGACAGCAGCAGCUCCAGCUCAGAGGACGAGGCCAGGCCCAGGAAGAGGAAGAGGAGGGAAAAGCAGAGGAGGAAGAAGGAGAAGAAGAGGAAGAAGCGGCGGAAGCACAAGGCCCCCAGGUCCCGGGAGGGCGCGGGCUCGGACUCGGACUGACGGCCGCUCGGCGCGUCUCAGGUCAGCCCUGCGGCCAGGAGCGGGACUGAGCAGCCGGACCUGGAGAGGGACCGGAGGGCGCCUGGCGUCCAGGCGGGACUCCACCUGCCUUCCCGGGAAGGGCGACCCCAGAGAGGGGCUCGCGGCCCCCCAGGUGCCCGCUCCGGACAGCGCCGCUUCCAGCUGGAAGGCUCCUCCCGGGUCCGCCCCCGGGGUCACUGGGGCUGUGGUUCCUUAGAAACGUCGGGGCGCCGGCCUAAGGGAGCCCGAGGACGCUUCUCCAGGCGCUGUCACCUCCACGGUGAGGCUGCCUAACUCCUGGACUUCAGGCUGGACUCUUCUCUAUUGCUGAAGAUAAUAAAAGCCAUUAUUUAUUUUCAAAUAUAUUUAUUUUUUAUUUCUGA